CUGCCAAAGAAGGGCUGCUGCUGUGGUGUCAAAGAAAAACUGCUCCUUACAGAAAUGUGAACAUUCAGAACUUCCAUCUCAGCUGGAAAGAUGGCCUUGGAUUAUGUGCACUUAUCCACAGACACCGACCUGAUCUUAUUGACUACUCCAAGCUAAAUAAGGAUGACCCCAUAGGAAAUAUCAACCUUGCCAUGGAAAUUGCUGAAAAGCAUUUGGAUAUCCCAAAGAUGUUGGAUGCAGAAGAUAUUGUGAACACUCCCAAACCCGAUGAGAGAGCUAUCAUGACAUAUGUGUCCUGCUUCUACCAUGCUUUUGCUGGAGCAGAGCAGGCUGAGACUGCAGCCAACCGGAUCUGUAAGGUGCUUGCUGUGAAUCAGGAAAAUGAGAGGUUGAUGGAAGAGUAUGAGAGACUAGCAAGUGAG